AUGGCAUUUGACUUGAGCUUGGUUAUGGUUUCUUCUUCUCCGGUGCUAGAAGUAGACGAUGGAUUUCACAAGAUCCGGAAUACUCUGUCGAGAUUGUCUAUUUGCACGAGCUGCGUUUACGACAAGGAGGAAAACGAAGCCACGAAGAACCAGCCGGGUUUGGGUGUUUUCACGUCGGAGAGUUUCGACGGAGCAGAGGCUGACGGAGAAGUUUCCGAUGACGGAGGAGGAAAGGAGAACGUUCCCGAGUGGGAUUCCGACAAAGAAACACCACAGUUUUACUCACUUCCGGUGACUCCAACUCGCCGGAGAAGAAAACUUCAAGUUUCCGGAGAGUCAUUUGCGAACGAGAGUAGCAGAGAUGGCAGUAAGUGUAGUUUACGGAGGCAAAGGAGGGUGAUUAGGGGAAAGAAGAAAAAGGGUCAUGGGUUUAACGGAGGGAGUGACGGCGGUGUGAGAGAGGGACUAACGGUGUUAACGAGAGCGAAAGGAGGAGAAAAGUCGUUGAGGAUGGGGUUAGAAGACGUCAAGGCUUGUAGAGAUCUCGGGUUCGAACUGGAUGCUCCGGGUCGGAUCUCAGUCUCAACCGGGUCGAAUUUCGAUACUCAGACCAGUAGUGGCAGCAACUCGCCGAUCGCCACCUGGCGCAUCUCAAGUCCCGGUGAUGAUCCGAAGGAGGUUAAGGCGAGACUGAAGGUGUGGGCACAAGCAGUGGCUUUAGCUUCUGCGACACGUCAAGCUUAG